GCCGAUGCGUAAUAUAUCAAGAAAGUUAAACCCGACUAAAGAGCGGACACGUCUAUCAACCGCCUGGAGUUCUCUAAUUUCUCGCAUUAUUCCGACGCAACCUCAGAUUAACAUACAGCUUUAUCAAGAAAAAUAAACCUUGGGACAUAUUGCACUUUUAAACUCGGCGUGUAUGGCCACCAUGUUAACGAUGAGUACUGGGCUAGCUCCGGGAGAAGAGGAGCCGUUUUACUCACAUCUCAAACCUGCGGUGACUGGAGGUUUCCAAGGAGAGGACUCGGCGCUGUUCACCGUGGAUACGAAGAACACACUUAGUGGACGGACUGUAUCAAACGACUACACCCAGGCUAGAUCAGAGAUGGACAAGUACCUUACACCCCAACCCUUGAUUAUACCAGAAGUCAAGAAGGCACGCAGGGACAGUGCAUCUGUGGUAGACCAGUUCUUUGGUGAAGAUCAUGGCUCCCCCUAUAGCAUUAACAUGAACGUCUUCCUGCCUGACAUCACAUACCUGCGGACUGGUUUGUGCAGACCACAGAGGUCAUCGGUGACCCACAUUAAGACCGAGCCCAUCCAGCCCUUCAUGAACCCCAGUUGUCCCAACAGCAGCGCUGCACCCACACUCCCAGAGUUCACCAGCAUCUUCAGCUCGUCCUCUGGGACGGACGUCAACAGUAUUUUCAUCAAGCAAGAGAUGCCCUCCCUCGACAUCACCCAAGACGGCCCCUUGUUUCACCUCCUCAACUCUGAGCUGGACGUGCCGCUGUCUGGAACCCAGGCCAUUGCAGACACUCACAGCGGUAUCCCUAUGUCUACUUCCAUUUCCACGUUCAACGAUCUGCACUUAGCCCCCCAACAGACUGUUGUCAAACCCUUCUGCAACAUGCACAAUGGCAGCUAUUCCCUGCCAGCCCAGUUUGUCCAACAGCAGCAGCAGAAACCUGCCUAUCUCCCACCCUCGCCACCCAACUCUGAGCCGGGGAGCCCGGACAGGCAAAAAGAGCUCUUGCAGAACUUGUCACCUCCUCCCUCCUAUGCCGCAAGCAUUGCCUCUAAACUGGCUGUUCACAACCCCAGCCUUCCAGCAGCUAUGCCAGCGCCACCUCCAUCCAUGCCAGUCAGGUAUAAUCGGAGGACUAACCCUGACCUGGAGAAAAGGAGGAUACACCACUGUGACUUUCCAGGAUGCAAGAAAGUCUACACUAAGUCCUCGCAUUUGAAAGCCCACUUAAGGACUCACACGGGGGAGAAGCCAUACAAGUGCACAUGGGAGGGGUGCGACUGGCGCUUCGCCCGCUCGGACGAGCUGACCCGCCACUUCAGGAAGCACACCGGGGCCAAGCCCUUCCAGUGCGCGGUGUGCAGCCGCAGUUUCUCACGUUCUGACCACCUGGCCCUCCACAUGAAGAGGCACCAGAACUAGACCAGACCACUGCCCACACCACCACCCCC